CUUUCCAUCUGGCUGCCUGUUCCAGGACUGCUCAUUGUGCGCAGGAGGCAUCAGUUUAAGCUCUUCUCCUUGCCGAAGCAGUCGUUUGUGCCAAGAACAUGGAAGGCUUAUGGAAAGGCUGGGUGCUGCUCACAGCACUCUACUUGGCGUCUUGCCGAGCUACUGCAAGUCCUCUGACUUGGGACAAAGAGUGUGUAGAAGGCCCAGAAACAAAGUGUCAGGAUUUCCCAACAGCAUUGAAAUGCGGGACCUUGGAUCACUGUCAACAAAUCAUGAACAGAUCCCCUGAGUUCAACCUCAGAUGUUCUAUAUGUAAACUCGUUGUAAUAAUGAUGGCAAAAGUUCUACAAGACAAUACCACAGAUGAAAGACUAUCCAAAUUCUUGGAGCAGGGAUGCCAGUAUCUUCCCUUCCAAGACUGGGCAGUCAAAUGCAAGAAGAUGGUAGACACUGGAAUUAUAAUUCUGGUUGAACUUGGAAAACAAGUGCAGGAUAGGCCUGAAAUAGUGUGCACUGCUUUCAGGUUGUGCACCCAGAAAGAAACUCGCCAAGGAGCUCUGAAGUUCCAGAAGCCACUGAAGUCCAAUGGAGAGCCUGAACUAGACUUCCCCCAAAUUAUGUCUCCUUUCAUAGCUAAUGUCCCUCUUCUCCUUUAUCCUCAAGAGGAUACUCAGGAGAAAGAAGAUUCCUGCAGAGAGUGUGCAAAGGUAGUUGCUGAUAUGAAGGAAGCCGUGAAGAGCAGCCCCUUCCUUGUUCAGUCCUUAGCUGCCUAUGCCAAACAACACUGUGAAAGUCUGGGGCCUGCCUUGGCCGAGGAGUGUAAGAAGUAUGUCUUCCAAUAUGCACAUCUUUUUAUCCAGCUGCUGACAGAGUUCUUGGACCAGCAACCAAAGGCUAUUUGUAGAGAAGCUGGAUUCUGCAACUCUCCGAAGUCUGAGCCUGUUCAUACUUUGGUCUCAGACAGCCACCUUCAUGAAUUGUACGCAGCACUAGUUGAGGAGCAAGCUGUAAAGCAGGAAAAGCCCUUUAUGGCAUGCGGCAUAUGCAAGAAAGUGAUUGAGGCGGCGGAAGGUCUGUUGGAGAACAACGUCACAGAAGAGGGAAUCGUCCACGGAAUGUUGAAAGUCUGCUAUGUGCUGCCACAUGAGAUCUUGGCCCAGUGCAAGGACUUUGUGGAUUCCUAUGGGAAGGCUGUUGUUGUUAUGCUCCUGGAGGCAACUAAACCUGAAUCUGUGUGCACCAUGCUACGAUGCUGCCCCAAAGACAUCUCUUUGACCACUGAGAUGCUAGCUCUGCAGCAGCUAGUGAACUACCUUGACGCAUACAAGGCCAGUGAAUUCUGCCAUGUAUGUACAAUUCUCAUUAAAUAUGUGGAUGAGACAUUGGAGAGGAAUGAAACACAGGAACACAUUGGAACUGUGCUUGCUAGAGGCUGCCAAUUGCUGCCAGAAGCCUUGGUGUAUCCGUGUGAUCAACUUGUGGAGCAAUAUGAACCAGCUGCUGUCCGCCUUCUGAUUCAGGUCAUGGAACCAACCUUUGUAUGCACUAAAAUAGGAGUGUGUCCUGAAUCCCAUCUUUUGGGCAUGGAAGCCUGUGCUCGGGGCCCUGCCUACUGGUGCAUGAACACAGAGACUGCAGCUCAGUGCCAGGCCACUGAAUACUGCAGACGUCAUGUAUGGAACUAGAGGAAACCUGUUCAGUGGGUGAACACUGCUUUAAUUUUGAAGUCCUGGAAUUUGGUGGAAAAGAGAGAUAUCUAAAGCUUGGAAGAACCCCUUAUUUCUUUUCUACCUUUGGUUUCAUUUGUAGUGUGGCUCCCCACUGGGUGUUUACACUGCUCAAGGGGGGGAAAGUCUCUUUGGUAUUCUUUGUUAAAGAUGCUGUAAAACACCAUACAUUUAGUUUUGUCUUUGAGCUAUGAUGAGGAAGGGACCAGGGUGGGGAAGAGAAGCUGGGAGUGUGGCACGCAUUCGGUGUGUGUGUGUGUGUGAUCAUUUCCACAGGACAUAUUUCAAUGUGAACAAAUUGCCUUUUUAUUAUUAUUAUUUUUUUAAAUUAUAGUAGCACACUGUGGGCCCACAAGAAAUCAAGAGAGAUAAGAAUCAUUUAGACCCCCCCAUCUCCUAGUUUAUCUUCCCAGUUUUCCCCCCUUUAACUGAUUCUCAAUUGCUUUUAAUAUUCUGUGUUUCCUGAAUAUUCAUAUUCAAGCAUGGGGUUUUAAAAUUUUUGUUUUCAUUAACUUAAAAAAUAUUUUUCUGCAUACUUUGGGAGUUUGUAGAAAUUCAUAUCUGGAUGGCCUACUUUUGGUACUUUUGAGAUCAUAACAGAAACUUUAACACUUUAACAUUAAUAUAAUGAUGUUCCCUGUGUAGAAAAAUAUUCUGCAGAGUUGCCCGGAAAGACUGAAUUGUUGCUGCCUGAUUGUACAUGUGAAGUGUGUUGGGGGGGGGGGGAGACUCACUAUUUCCAUUUGGAGAGCUUAAACAUGGCUUCAGCCUUUUCCUCUUUUGAGAUGCAAACACAUAUUGGUGGCAACUCUAGCCACCCCCAAAUAGAAAUGCCCAUUUCCUGCUGUAUCAAAAAAUGUGUCCAGCUGGUCCAGUAUACAUGGUGAACCAAACCAUAUGAGGAUGAAUUUACAUUGUAUGUAUGCACAGAAGUGUGUUCUCCUAGAUCUCCUAGCCUGACUGAAGUGAUUAGCUAGCCUAGGUUUUAGAUUAAUUAGGACACAAAUACAUAGCUUUUUCCUGUUGUAAUGGGUCUGUUCAGGCUUCUGAAAGUGAUGUGUAUUUAAAAGACAACCACCAAGGUAAUGUGCAAUUACUGGUCCUUUUGCAAUACGUUGAGCAGCAAACAAAAGAGCAGGUGUUUCAUUUUGGGUUUUUCUGGAAGGUAGAAAAAGAGGCAAAUGUCCAGGAGACCAACCAGCAACUAUUAAGCUAGGAUUAAUAUUUUGUGUAGGACAUAUUGGCACCGGCUUAAAGAUAAAUUCCAAAGCCACUGGCAUGUUUUGUUACAACUGGAAGUUUCAGAGACAUGCGAAAACAUAGACAAGCCUCUAAAAUAGACCACUACAAGAUAAUACAUUUGUUGGUAAGCACUGAACAUAUGCAUCUAUUAGUUGUACAGAAGAGAGAGUUUAGCAGGCAUAGCUUGUCAACAUGAUAGACAUUCCCUCUUUUGCACAGCUAUUAAGAUACAAAAGCCUGUUCUUUAUUGAGGCUGGGCUCCAUUGCAUAUAUGGGGGCAUCACUAUUUAGGGUUUGUCUGAUGUAAAAACUUGCAAUCUCCCCCACAAUAUACCUGGUGAGAACAUAUGUGGUUGUUCCUAUAAGAACAUUAUCUCGAGCGUUUUACCGAAGCUCCUGUAAUUAUGAAACAUUAAAAUA